AUGUCUGCAAUCUCGAAUGCUACACCAGAGCAACUGCAAGCGUUGCUCAACGGUCCUGCUUUGAAGCCUCCACCGGGAGUCAUCCCUGACUUCACUGACCCGUCGACUUCGCAUCGCAGGGGCGUAGCUGUUGAAAUAGUCUCUCUGCUUCUGUCCGCGUUCGCUGUGGCUAUGCAUAUCUACACGAAAGCUCGUUUUAUGCAUCAGAUGGCGGCUGCAGCUUGUACGACCCUUCUACGUAAUCCUCUUGGGAUGCGUGUGUCUUCUGUGCUUUGCGAAGUCUGUUUUAACACUUCGCAUGGAUUCCUUGUUGGCUAUUUCAUCAUUGGCUGGCUUGUAUCUGAUAUUGCUCCUGGAGCUAAGCAAUGGGACGUUCAACUCGAAAACCUCGGCUCAUUCCUAUAUGAGGAUUAA